GUUGGUAAUUUGGUUAAGAACUGGUUAUUAAAUUGGAUUUUUCUGAAUAUUACCGGCAAAAAAAUUAGUUUACCUUUAUUAUGAUUUUUGGAAAAACAAUCCUAUUUGUUUAGCAAGACAAUCCCGCGUUUUCAUUGAUUUUGUUUCCCCAGGUGAAAGUGAAAAAAGAAAUUUCCGAAACAGUAAGAUUUACAACUCUGCUCCGAAGAAGUGUGCCUGAUUAAGAAAAACAUCACUUUUGGGAUUGGAAUUAUUUUACGACUUUUUCCCCUUCCUAAAGCUCUCCUGGGAACUGGGAAAAUUGAACCAGGAAAUUGGCCUUACAUAAAUCUUAUGUUAGAUUUCAAAAUUAACUUAUUCUUUCCAAAAUUUAACUGUCGUUUAUUAGGUAUUCUUACCGAACAAAUAUCGUUUAAAAAUAAAACGAUUUCUACUUGAAAAAGAACGUUAUCGAGUUCAGUUUUGAAACCCAGAGUUGUGAUUUCUAUCAGAUGUUUGUUGUUUUCCUUAAUUCUAAAGUUACAGGCUUUUGGUAAUAUUUUUUAUAGCUGCGAGGCAUUUCAAAUAAUUGCGGCUUUUCUUUAUUUUUUCUUCUUAUCGUAGAUUGUAUUAAUUUUUGUUUUUUUUUUCUGCGCAAACUUCUGGGAAAAUUUGCAAUUCAAUUUGGUCUCUCGAAAUCCCGUGGGUUUUGAUGCCUGUAAUCUUCCGGGGUUUUCACGCCUCUUUUUAAGCCGUCCACUCUGCUUUUCUUUCAACCCAUUAAUUCUCUAAUCAUGGUUUUCUCAUACCCAUUACCCCUGCAACCUUUCAACUGGCCAUUAGCACCAUUGUCAAAAGUCAUAACUAGCUCUAAUGGUCCAAAAAUAAUUUAAUCAAAUUUCUACACUUCUGCUAAUUUUUAUCAUAAAACUCUUUUAUGCUUAAUACUUAUUUCUUACCACUUCUAACUCACCAAUCUUUUUGAUUAGAGUUAUAAUUCAAUUGGUAACUUUCAAACCAUUUCUCAAAAAUUUAUUUCGAUAGUUAUAACGCAAAUAAAAAUCCCCAUUUAUAUCAAAAUUAAUUUUUGUUUAUUUUCAUUUGAGUAAAAAGGCUUCGUCUGUUAAAGAUCUCUUUUGAUCUACUUUGAGAUUCAAAUUACUUGUGAUUCAAACUUUACUGCUGUUUUGUGAAAUAAUACAAAGAAUACAGCGAACAUGGAGGUUUCGUACGAGACUUUGAACAACAACGAAGGCACCCUUCUGAUGGACACGAGAGCUGAGAAGAGCUUCAGGUCCACGUACACUCUAAUCGGACUCUCAUUGGCCAUAACUGGACUGGACAUUUGCUACAGUGCAGAACUGGUGUAUGCCAGUCCUCUCAUUCUCAAGUACCACGUGCCAGAGUACCUCAUGAGCUUCACUUGGGCAUUCAGCCCAAUUCUGGGGUUCUUCCUAACCCCCCUGCUGGGAUCUCUAAGCGACACGUGUAACCUCAAGUACGGCAAACGGAGACCGUUCAUCGUGCUGCUUGCAGUCAUCAUUAUAGUGGGGGCUCUGUUUCUGUCCCAGAGUGGCAAUGUCAUCAUCUACUUCACGGGGAGGGGGCCUCUAAACAGCACCCAGAUAGACGCCGUCCCUACCAGAGACCAGUUCCAGAGGAGUGGCAACGUGUAUGACAGCUCCUACACGAGUCUCGUUGUCGUAUUCACUGUUGUAGGGUUGUCUCUCAUUGACUUUGGAUGCGAUGCCUGUCAAUCUCCUGCAAGAGCAUAUCUUAUUGAUUCUGUUCCACCUGAACAACAUCAAAAAGCUUUCUCGGUCAUGGGUAUUUGCUGUGGUGUGGGUGGAUCCAUUGGCUAUCUUUUGGGCUCCAUAAACUUCCGCGAUACUGCAUUCGCAAAGAUACUUGGAGGUCAAGAGCAAGCUGUGUUUUUUAUAGCUGCUACACUUUUUGCAAUCAUGGUUGUUAUCACCAUAAAUCAAGUAGAAGAGAAGCCUCCAGCUGAUAAUGCUGAAGGCGGUGGAGAUCCGGCAUCCUUACAUCACUAUCUGAUGUCAAUAGUGUAUAUGCCGCGAAGAUUGCGAUGGCUCUGUUUGCAUAUGAUGCUGUCAUGGCUGUCUGUUCUUUGUUUCUCACUGUUCUUCACGGACUUCGUUGGACAGGUGGUAUAUAAGGGCGAUCCUUAUGCAAGUGUUGCGGCCGACUCAUUCAAGAAUUACAAUAACGGAGUUUUGUUUGGAGCUCGAGGACUGACUGCCAUGACAGUUCUGUUCUCCAUCUUUUCAAUCUUCCUCAAUCAGCUCUUGAACAAGAUCGGUUGCCGCAUCAUAGUCUGCUGCAUCUGUCUAUUCUUCUCGGUUUCUUUCCUGCUGAUUCUGCUUGUACCCUGCAAAGUAGUCGCAUUUCUUCUCGCGGCAUGUGCAGGACUCAUGCUCACCUGCGUCUUUGUCACUCCCUUUCUCCUGAUAGCUCGUUACCACGACAACAGGUUCCAGGCGAAAGAUGAAAACGCAUAUGGGCUAGAGAGAGGUUUGGGGACGGACAUAGCAGUGGCGCAGAGCAUGGUGUUUGCGGCUCAGUUCACCAUCUCGCUCAGCAAGGGACCCAUCCAGCAAAUUUUCGGCAACUACCAAGGCACUUGCAUGAUACUUGGAUCUAUAUAUUGUCUCCUAGCUGCCGCAGUCUCUCUCAGAAUUGACUAUGCUGAUUUGUAGACUGAUCUGUUUUCUACGGAGUCAAUCAAAUUCUAAUCUAAUAGAUUUGUAUAACCAAUUUUGCUUAUAUGUGUGUGUAAAUCUAUCAAUGU